GUAAGAAAAGGAAUAUGAAUAGGAUGAUGAUUUCAAGAACAAUAUUAGCAAUUUGUUGUUUGGCAAUUAGUGUGUUGUUAGGCUGCAAAGGCGAGGUUGGAUAUGAUGCACCACCAAACUGCGCACGCCUCGAGUGCCCUCAAUACACCGUGCUUCACUCUCAGAAAGAUUUCGAAAUCAGGCGUUACAACGAUGCUAGAUGGCUGGUUGCCCCUACCAUCAUCUCCAAAUCUUACAAGGAAGCUGCUAGCAAAGGUUUCAGAAUAUUAUUUGAGUACUACGGUGGCAAGAAUAGUCAAGGGUUGAAAAUCAAUAUGACAGCUCCGGUCCUAGUGGCUCCGGGUGAGGGGGGCUACAAGGUCCAUUUUUACCUGCCUAAACAGUUCCAAACAUUCGCACCGACGCCACUAAACCCGGACAUUCGCUUGGCCAAUUUACCUGGAAAGGCUCAUCAAUAUGCAGCGGUUAGAAGGUUUGAUGGUUUGAUUACUGACGAAACCAUCCCUCUUAAUUUGGAGCCCCUAAAGAGAAGCCUUCAAUCGAGCCAUGACUAUGCCCGGGCAGUCGAGGGAGGAGUCACCAUGCUUGGUGCAUACAACAGGCCUACUCAACUCACAGACCGUGUUAACGAACUUUUUAUUUGGUUUAACUGAUUCUUCAAUAUUGCCUUGUCUUUUUCUUGCUUCUUAUUUUCAAUUAUACUUAAUAAUUACUACUAUGUGUUAUCAAGUCAAUUUUCCAGACUUUGGAGACUAAUUAAUACUAUAUGAUUUAUGCAGAAGUCUACUAUUUCUUGGGUC